AUGUACAACUGCCAAGGAGUGGGAAUCCUGGGUCUGGCUGACCGAUGUCCCACAUCUUUUUCCAUCUUUAGCACCCCCAGUGGGAACAGCCUGAGCGCUGCGGAGCUCACCUGUGGGAUGAUCAUGUGCCUGGCCAGGCAGAUUCCCCAGGCGACGGCUUCCAUGAAGGACGGCAAAUGGGAGCGGAAGAAGUUCAUGGGAACAGAGCUGAAUGGAAAGAUCCUAGGAAUUCUUGGGCUGGGCAGAAUUGGGAGAGAGGUGGCCACCCGGAUGCAGUCCUUUGGGAUGAAGACCAUAGGGUAUGACCCCAUCAUUUCGCCAGAGGUCUCGGCCUCCUUUGGUGUGCAGCAGGUGCCCUUGGAGGAGAUCUGGCCUCUCUGUGACUUUAUCACGGUGCACACACCUCUCCUGCCUUCCACCACAGGCCUGCUGAACGACAGCACCUUUGCCCAGUGCAAGAAGGGGGUGCGUGUGGUGAACUGUGCUCGCGGAGGGAUUGUGGACGAAGGCGCCCUGCUCCGGGCCCUGCAGUCGGGUCGGUGUGCUGGAGCCGCGCUGGACGUUUUCACAGAGGGCACAGCAUGCCUUAGGUUUGUGGUCCUGGUCAUCUCCCUCAGCUACAUCGUCAGCUCCUUGAAG